CAUUGACAUUUUGAAACUAAAAAUCCUUUAAGGAUACAAGAUCACAUCUUAUUUAUAAUUUUAGAGUAAUAAAAUUUUGUUAAGGUAUAUUUAUCUAAUAACUAUGAAAAUCACAAAUGCAUUUUGCACUGACAAAUGUACAAAAAUUAAAGGAACAUCUGAUGGGACAUUGCAGUGUAAAUGUGGAGAAGACAUUGGUAUAUUUAUUUGGCAUUGGUCACCAACACACAGUUCACCUGAUACAGGAAUAUCAAAUGAAAACAAAGACAUUUUGUUUCAUCCUUGUUAUAGUUCGGGUACUGCUGCUGUAAGAGGUGAUAUGCAAUUUAAACCAAAUUUGCACUAUUAUUGGGAAGUAAAAAUGAUUUCUAACAUGUAUGGAACUGAUGUUAUGGUUGGAAUAGGUACUUCAAAAGUGAUAUUUGCUGACUGGAAGUUCAGAUUUUGCAGCUUAUUAGGAAUUGAUUCCCAAUCUUGGGGCUAUUCAUAUCAUGGUCUCAUUCAGCAUGAUAAAUUAUUAUGUAAAUAUGGAUCAAAAUUUGGGUUGGGUAGUAUUAUUGGUGUUCAUUUAGAUAUGUGUAAAGGCACUUUAGAAUAUUAUUUAGACAGAAAGCCGUUAGGUAUUGCUUUUACUGGAAUCAAAGGCUAUGAAUUGUAUCCCAUGGUUAGUUCUACUGCUGCUCAAUCAGCUGUUAGAUUAGUAUGUUCUGUAUCAGAAGCACCAACUCUACAAAUGCUUUGCAUGCAGUUUAUUUCUAAACAUCGUUCUCUAUACCAAAAAUAUCAAGAAAUUCCUGGUUUAAAAAGGGUGUAUGAAAAAAAAUAUUUUUGGAUUGUACCGAACUUUGUUAUAGAUGAAGACAAAACUAAGCGUCUUGCAGAAAUAGAAGAUUAUGUAAUGUGCCCACUAAGUUACAAAAACUUUUUGAAAAGUCAUAAAAAGCUGAGAACAACUUCAUGGUUUCCUUCAGACUUUAAUAUGGAUGAAAGUGAUUCUAGUUUGACAACUUCGUCUUCCAACUAUAAAUGAUAACAAAAUGUGAUAUUAUAUUGGAUAGAAAAACUGUGCACUUGCAGCUAAUGAGGCUGUGAUUUAUCUCAAAAUUAUUUUAUUUUAACAAAAUUUAUACAAUGUGCUAAUAAGAUAUUAUUAAUACUAUAUAAGAACUUAGUCACAUUUUCUGUCAGUUUAAUAAUGUGUAAUUUUAUAGGCUAUUUGACCAUAAUUUUGAAUCAUUUUCUUCGAAAUAAUUCAUUUUGACCAUUUCUACGAAAUAUUUUGCAUCUUUAUUGCUUUUAAGGUACAAUAAUCUCAAUAGUAUGGUUGUUUUUUGCAUUCAUGUCCAAACUCUCUAAAAGAAUGAAACCAGAUUAAAUCAUUUCAUUAAAA